AUGAGUGCACCGAUUCCAAUUGCUGAUCAACUUUAUGUUGGACUCUAUUGUUUGGAUUGCGCUUGUCAAACAGAUCAAGACGAAAUUGUUCAAUUAAAAAACACAACCGAAUUAUUGGGAAAACUUUAUCAUGAAAUUGAAUGGCUCAAAAGUGAAUUAACUUUUACACGCGAUAGUUUAAGAUCAUCAUUUUAUGAGGAAUUACAGUCAAAUGGACAACAAAUAUAUUACCAAUUGACUGAUAAACUAGAUGCAUUGAGAAAAAAUCACAGUAAAGCAUUGGAAACGUUAAGACUUUCAUAUCGAAGUCAAUUACAUGAUUUUAUAUCUCAAGCACGAAGCAUUAUUAAUAGUGAUAAACCUACAUCAUCGGACUCGAUCGCUCCAAAACAAGAAUCAGGAAUGGAAAGUCGAGAAAAAUCAUUUUUUAAUCAAGCAGCGAUGAAAGGUUAUGAAACAGAAAUUGCUGCAUUAAAAAAAGAAAUUGAACAAUUACAAGAAACAACUCAACAUGAAAUCAAAAUAGCUACUGGUUUUCUCAGCGAUGAAAAAGAUCGUUUAACUAAAGAAUUAGCUAAUGCUAAUCGAACGAUAGCUCAAUCAGAAGAUGCAGUUAUGAAAAAAGAAGAGCAAAUUCGAGAUCUCAAACGUGACUUAAGUAAUCUUCAAAUUAAAUUAAAAGAAUCAAAAAAAGUUACAAUGCGCGAACCAACACCAACGCCAGCGGUCACAACGCAAUCACGUUUAGCUCAAACUGAUCCAUGGAUACCAUCACCAGCCAAUGAUAAAUCAGAUGAUGCGAAUAAAGAAUUUGAAGCCAUGAUGCAAACAAAAGUUGAAGCACUCGAGCAUAAAUAUCAAACGAUAAUGGAGCAGAAAAAUGCUCAAAUACAACAACUCAUGCAAGAACUUGACAUACAACAAAAGACAUCUAAAGUUAAAUUGGAAAAAUAUAUAACUAUGGACGAACGUCAUCGUAAUGAUAUGAAACGACAAUCCGAAAGGCAUAAACAAGAAAUUCAAAUGUGGGAAACAAAAUAUGAAAUACUUAAGAAAAGUAUGACGGUUCUACGCGAUGAAAUGUAUACAAGACAAACACAUGUUCGUGAUCGAUUCACUGCUAAGCCAGCUGUAGUUACAUACAAUUAA